GCCCAGUGGUAUCGACAGGCAGGGAAAGCCCUUAGACAUUUGAGCACAGUGUCUCCUGUGAGGACCGCCGCUCCGCGCUCUGCUGGCUCUACGCUGAGGGCUGCGCGUCUAGACGGACAGAAAAAGAAAAAAGAAAACCGACGACAACACUUUUCAACACAGCAAGGCAAAGCUGUAGCGUUGAUUUGUUUUUAGUGGGGGACAUGGCUGAUACAAGUUCAAACGAGGCGCUCACCGCGGACGUCGCGAACAGGUUUGCGCGCAAAGGUGCUUUGAGGCAAAAAAACGUCCACGAAAUCAAGGACCACAAAUUCAUCGCCAGGUUCUUCAAGCAGCCGACUUUCUGCAGCCACUGCACCGACUUCAUCUGGGGGUUUGGAAAACAAGGAUUCCAGUGCCAAGUUUGCUGUUUCGUGGUCCAUAAGAGGUGCCAUGAAUUUGUCACAUUCUGCUGCCCGGGGGCAGAUAAGGGGCCGGACACAGACGAUCCCAGAACAAAACAUAAGUUUAAGAUCCACACCUAUGGGAGCCCCACCUUCUGUGACCACUGUGGCUCUCUGCUCUAUGGCCUCAUCCACCAGGGCAUGAAAUGCGACUCCUGCGAUAUGAACGUCCAUAAGCAGUGUGUCAUGAAUGUGCCCAGCCUGUGUGGAACUGAUCACACCGAAAGGAGGGGGCGUGUUUACCUCAAGUGUGAGGUCAGCGGGGAUAAGCUGCAGGUGACAGUGGGUGAAGGCAAAAACCUGAUUCCCAUGGACCCCAAUGGCCUGUCUGACCCGUAUGUCAAGCUCAAGCUCAUCCCAGACCCCAAAAAUGAGACCAAGCAGAAGACCAAAACCAUCCGCUCCAACCUGAACCCCAAAUGGAAUGAGACUUUUACUUUCAAGCUGAAACCUACAGAUAAGGACCGCAGGCUGUCGGUGGAGGUGUGGGACUGGGACCGGACCACCAGGAAUGACUUCAUGGGAGCCCUUUCUUUUGGCGUGUCAGAGCUCAUGAAGUCUCCAGUCUGUGGCUGGUAUAAGUUACUGUGCCAGGAGGAGGGGGAAUACUACAAUGUUCCCAUCUCAGAGGAGGAUGAUGGUAAUGAGGAACUGAGGCAGAAAUUUGAGGACCAAGCAGUUGGGGAAGGCUCUGAUCAGAAAGCCAAGCUAGGCCCAGGUAAGAAGGUGAUCGAUGAGACGGAUGAGGCCCGCUCCAGCCAGCUGCCAUCCAACAGCCUGGACCAAGUCAAACUCAGCGACUUCGCCUUCCUGGCUGUGCUGGGCAAAGGCAGCUUCGGCAAGGUCAUGCUAGCAGAGAUGAAGACCACUGAGGAGCUGUACGCAAUUAAGAUCUUGAAGAAGGACGUGGUGAUCCAGGACGAUGAUGUAGAAUGUACCAUGGUGGAGAAGAGAGUCCUGGCCCAACAGGACAAGCCGCCCUUCCUCACACAUCUCCACUCGUGCUUCCAGACUGUGGAUCGUCUCUACUUUGUCAUGGAGUAUGUGAAUGGGGGAGACCUCAUGUACCAUAUUCAACAAGUGGGCAAGUUCAAGGAACCUCAGGCAGUGUUCUAUGCAGCAGAGAUCGCUGCUGGUCUCUUUUUCCUGCACAGUAAAGGAGUCAUCUACAGGGAUCUGAAGUUGGACAAUGUGAUGCUGGACUCUGAGGGACACAUUAAGAUUGCUGACUUUGGCAUGUGUAAAGAGAACAUGACAGAGGGAGUGACCACGCGCACCUUCUGUGGCACUCCAGACUACAUAGCCCCAGAGAUCAUUGCAUAUCAGCCAUAUGGACGCUCUGUAGACUGGUGGGCAUAUGGAGUGCUGCUCUAUGAAAUGCUUGCGGGACAGCCUCCAUUUGAUGGAGAAGAUGAAGAUGAGCUGUUCCAGUCCAUAAUGGAGCACAACGUGUCGUACCCCAAGUCCCUAUCCAAAGAAGCUGUCUCUAUCUGCAAAGGGCUGAUGACCAAGCACCCAUCCAAGCGUCUGGGCUGUGGCCCUGAGGGAGAGAGGGACAUCAGAGAACAUGCCUUCUUCAGACGCAUCGACUGGGAACGCCUCCAGAACAAGGAGAUACAGCCGCCCUUCAAGCCCAAAGUGUGUGGCAAAGGAGCAGAGAACUUUGACAAGUUCUUCACGCGCACUCAGCCCCAGCUCACACCACCAGAUGAGCUGGUUAUUGCCAACAUUGACCAGGCCGAGUUUGCAGGGUUCUCCUUCAUCAACCCACAGUUUGUACACCCGUCGCUCAGCAACAGCGUAUGAGAAGGAUGGGGAAAAUCUCCCUGAAGAACCUCCCUGCUCACUGCCACCCCCUUAUACCAACCGGCAAUCUAACAUCUGACCACAACUUGAUCAAGGCCCACAUUAUGUAUUAAUUUUAUCAUAAGCAGAAAUUUAGGGCGUGCGUAUUUGUUUUGUACAAUAUCUUUGCCAGUAUAGAUUAUAGAUUAGAUUGUUUCUGGCCACCACAAGACAUGAUUUCCUUUAGUUUAAUGAUGAACAUGUACUGUAGACAAGGAUGUCCUUCCUUAACCCUGCAAGUUAUAUUGAAGGUGUACCAUAACUGGAUGCACUUAGACAGAGGGGUGUCAGGCUUUAUUUAUCUAUGCCAGUAUAUGAUUCAUUUAAGAGAAUAAAUUAAUCUCUGCCUGUAUAACCAAGGGAAUAUUAAAGGAGCAUUCAGCUGAGAUAGUGUUUAGGGCAUGGAUUAAUCUGGAAGGAAUGCCUUUGCAAAACUUCAUGCUUACAAAUAUUAAUGGAGAAACAUUAUUUUCUACUUAUCUUCUUCUCGUCACAGUUUCUUUCUGUCUGGAUAAUCAUCACAACCCAUAAAUUGCUGUAUGUGAUGACCAGAAAAACACCCACAGAUUGCAGGGUAGACGCAAUAGCCAAAUAUGAAGGACAGGUGGUGCAGGAGUUGAAACAGCACCUUGUGAUUCGAUGUUUCCUGUAUCAUGUUUACAGUUUUCUUUCCCUUUGAUUUUAUGGUGAUGGUAAAAAAAAAAAAAUCUAUUUUAGUACAAACUGAUUCUAGCCAGACUCAACUUCAAGUGUGCGUAGGAAAUUACCUAAAUAAUGAACAGCUAUGUAUUUAAAUAAUAUGCAGCCUGUAAAAAUGCAAAUAUGUGAGACAUAUAGGUAUGAAAGUGUCGGGUUUGUUUUCAAUUUACCAAAACUUUACUUAGCUUAACUGUUGUCACCCUAUUUUACCUGGUUUUGAAAACAAUGUUUCGCUAACCUAUUUCCUAGCCCUCAUUCAGCUGCAGAUUGUAUACUUACCCUGUCAGUAAUUCUGUGUACACUAUGUGGACACAUGAUCACUAGUAAUCAGAUUAGUAUGUGGGCAGUGGCAGAAUAUAUUAUACCCACCUUGAAGAAUCAAACCCUAGAGUUUACAGUUAAUUAUCCCUGUCCCACUAUGCUCAUAGCUACAAAGCCUCCAUUGGUCAUAAAUGUCUUAACAGAAACAAGUACAAGACAUUUUAAUAAACUGUUAUUUUUUUUUAGAAUAUAACAUUAACUGAUGUCAUUGUGUAUUAAUCAUGCAUUGUUUUAUUGCAUACAGUAUCAUGCCGUCAAGCAUAGAUAAAACACAUUUGACAGGUUUCUUGGAUGCAGAAGCUGCAAAUCAAAAAUUCUUCUGACAUUGUUUUGUUGUCCAUAGAACAAACUCUUCUGUCGUUAGGACUAUGUCAACAUAAUCAUUUUUAGUUGAAUAUGAACCGUUUUUUUUUUUUUGCAUUCAUUUUUGUUUCUUUAAUGUCUUUAAACUAGAUUAGUAUUUAAUCACUGCUCUUUUUUCUGUGAACUCAUACAUAUUUUUCCAUUAGAUCAGAUAAAUAUUUUAAUGUAUCUAAUAUCAGUGUAAUAACUCCUUUGUAAAUAAUCAUGAGUUAUUUAAAAAGAGUAUAGCAAGUUACAGUUUUUAUACCAACACCUGAAUGUGCUUUUAUUACAUUAAUUAGAUAAACCAAUAUUUGUAUGUGUAAAAAAAAAAAAAAAAAAAAUUAAACAGCUAGGAACAUAACCCAGUACAGAUCAACUUUAUGACAACUGGAUGUCUUAAAUAGAGUCCAGAUUUAGCAAGUUGUAAAAAAAUAUCUGUUCCACCUGCGUGAGCAGAUUUAUCAGAUUUAUCUCUUUUUUUUCCCCUUUUGGUUUUCCUUCAGUCAUGUUCAAUGAUUUUUACUGCAAAUUGUGUGUUGAUUGGAUGAGUGUCUGGCUGUUGAAUGUCCUUCUGUAUCUGCAUGCUGUUGAUAGGCAUCAUUCAUGCACGUGAUCCGCUAAAUGCUGCAUGUUACAAAGUAUGUAACACCCAAAGAGUUACAACCUUAAAAUGAUGCUCCACUCAAAAUCUAACUUUACAGGGAGGAGUCACCCUUUGUAAUUGUUUUGUUCUUUAUGAAGAAUAAUAGCCCUGGUUAGCUUAAUUUCAUGUUGAUUACAAUGGUGACAGCUUUUCACUGUUGGGAAAACAGUGUCAGUGUCCACAAAAAAAUAUUCUGAUCUCCUCCUAUGUCACAAUCCACUAAUUCGCCGUGUAUUUGUAUGAUCAUUUUAUUUCAGCAACUGAAAUAAAAUGUAGAAUAUACUGUGUAGAAUAUACUGUUUCCAUCUCGGUUUUCUCACACAACUCUGCACAAACCACCUUGUUUGUAGGUCUGGUCAAGUCCACAGAAAAUGAGUGUGAAACUCUCAAAAGAGAGAUUUAGAGUGGAGUAUCACCGUAAGCACAGUUCUAAAUUGACCGAAUUUAAAGUGGGCCAUUAGACAUCAUAGUCAGUUACCAUAGGGGUGCUGAGCCUUAGACCAGCAAGGCUCUUUCAGAUUGUCACUGAGGUUCAAUGACACAGCUGUGCAACAAUAAUAAGACACUGAAAGUCGUAAUCCUCCGGCAGGUUGGUAAGCUAUGUGUGAAAGCAAGAGUGAGUGAUUUUGCCAAAAAAGCAAACAAAAAAAGUUCCAGAUUGCAGAGGCUGAAGAAAGUAGAAUAGAUACCGAAUAUGAAUUUAAAUAGAUACUGAUACUUAUUUUUUUUCCCUGAAACCUAGUCACUGGCUCUAGAGCAAUGCUCUUUUCUGUUGGAGCUUUGUACACACACGCACACACGUGUAUAUGUAUAUGUAUAUACAUAUACAUAUACACAUACACAUACAUAUAUAUAUACACACACACACACACACACACACACAUACACAUUAUGGCCCCUGGUUCCUUUUGCCUUUACCUAUUUAGGGCAAUGUGGAACACUGCAUCUGUGGUGAGUUGUGACUCAGAAGCACUACUUGUUGUUAGGCCAAUGGGACCACAUGCUCUCCAGUGUCUAAUGAAUGGGUUUUAUGUUAUAUUCUUAAUGUUGUGUUGUUGUCAGUUUGUAAUUUUUUUUGUUGUUUUUGUUUUUGACUGUCAGUUUCUGUCAAUGUUGUCAGUUUUAUUUCUCUAGCUUCCGCUCAAGAAAUUGAGGAAUGUUUUGAAGGAUAUAUCACAUUAGAAGACUCAUAUCUGACUGAUAUAGAUAGGAACUAUUGAAACAUUUGUAAUAUUUUCUCCAUGUUUUUCUAAGAUUCGUGCUCUCCUACUCUGUUUCCUAUCGUGUAUAACCUCUUGCAUGUGCCAAACCUGGAAAACGCCAGAACCUGAUAAUAGCAGCGUUGCACUAGCGGUAGUCAUAUGGAUGACUCUCUGUGGCAGUUUCUCCCUGUAGAGGCUGAGACCUGCCUAAAGCCACACCUGCUGUACUCUCUAGCCACAUACUAUAUUCUAGCAUGCUGCCAUGAUUAUACCGGUGUGCAUUGUGUCAGUACACUUUACAAUGACAGUCAGUUUGAUAGUUGGCUCACCAUGCACGGCACUGUAUUUUCCUGUCUGUCCAGCCUUGGGCAGAAUUGUGUCUGAAAAACAUUUCAACUUGUGGGGCAUUGGAUUUAACAUCCACAGUGAAUUUCUCAGAAGUGAAAGAAAAUAUUCCUUGUACAUACUCAGUUUACUCAGCCUCAGUCUUGCCCUCGUCUGAGUCUGAUUUGCGCCUCUGUAUGUGCGGAUUUAGCGUAGAUCCAUCCCUUUAAUAGAAUAUUUGAUGACUUGCUUCCCAGUCUUCUUUCUUCUUAGAAAUCUUUUUAAAAUAUCAAGUCAGUCAUAUCACAGUCAGUCAGUGUGGGCAUGAAAAAAAAGAUUAAUACACUCCCCUUGUGUGCCUUUCCCAACUUCAACGGACAGACUUUACAUCUUCCUCUUAAUCCUCAUCCUCCUUGUUCUCCUGUAAAGUCUCCACUCCCAUUUUGAUUCCAUACCAUUACACCACUUAAUGUUUUUUUGAUCCAUUGUCAAGCUAGCCUUGUUAAUUUACUCAAUUUUUACUUUGUUUUAUGUUAGUGUUUCAUCACCACUCACAAUUCUCUUGAAUGUAAAUAAAAAAAUCUAAAAAAAAAAAACAAAAAACACAAAACAAAAAGGUCUACACACUUUGUCCGCA